AAAGAUGGAUCUGCAAAUCCCGAUUGUGCUUCUUUCAAUUUUACUCACUGGAGGACUCUCUCUCAAAUGUUAUAAGUGUGAUCCUGAUCCAGAGACGGGUUUAUGUGACAAAACAACAGAAACAUGUCCCAGUGGAACUACCCAGUGUGUGAGUGCAACAGGGGAAAUAUCCACUGGUAACUCCAAGGUGACUCAAACACAUAAAGGAUGUGCAGACAAAUGUGUUCCUGGAACCGUUCAAAACACAAAUGGAGCAACAGUUUCUACCAAGUGCUGUGCCACUGAUCUUUGCAAUGGCUCAGAUGGAAUCUAUAAGGGAAGUUUCCUGCUUCUCUUGUUGCCUCUGUUCUUCUACAUCCUCUUUUAUUGAGUUCAACAGCACUUCACAUUCUACAGCUGCAGCGAAGAGGAUUUGACAUGUUACAGGUUAACACCGCCACAUCAUAAUGUCACAUUUAUUUAAUGAAUUACUAUGCCGUACUGAAUAGCUUGUAUCUUUGCUAUUUCUGUAUGUUAGGAACUUAAUUAUGUGUUAUGUAUUUUGAUCAUGGAAAAUGAAUGCAUCAUUAUUAUGACCAGUGAAAAAGUAUGGUAAAAGAAAAACAAUCUUCACAGAUACUGAUCUAUUUUUACAUUUACUAAGAUUUACAAAAUCUGUAUUUCCUGAAAAAGAUUCAGUUUUACUGUAUACACUUUACUGUGGGGUUUCAUAAAGACAGCACUAAACUGCUGAAAUUAAAGAUUUACAUGCACACAUAUAAUUGUAAACGUCAUUUUCUGUAACUACUAUUACAGUGACUUCUGGAAAUCUGUAUCUUACAAUGACACUGUGUGAGAGAAUAUUUCUGUGUGAAAUGUGUCUUUCAUUUGGAAAACUUAUCCACAAAUCAUGAAAAUGUGCUUUAACCAUUCAAAGAUCUGAAAUCCUUAGAAACAACAGGACCACAAGUGUUUACAUUUACAUUUAAGACAAUAACGAGACAUUUAUUUAAGAGACACUUACAAGAACUAGUCCGGUUUUUUAUGUGAAAUCAUUUGUGCUUCUUAGCAACACACACACACACACACACAGCACACUAAUGUCAAGG